GUUUCCUCAUCCUCGCAGACCACUAGCAUGCUGGAGUCGAACGUCUGCGGAUAGAUACUCAUCUUGGAUUCCAAAGCAUUUUGUUACGGCCUGCUUAUUUCGAUGGGGCAAGGCCGGCUAGCCAGUCAUCAACAGGGCGGAUUCUUCCCCUGUGCCCACAGGUCGCACCAUAAAUUCCACUCGGCAUGGAAUCCACAAAAACAACAAAGAAACAUCAACAGAAACUACAAGUGAAGGACUAAUACCGGACGACACGACGCAGAUUUGGGUCUUCGAUGGAAAGGACCCUGACGCACCCUCCCUACCAAGGAUCCGUCUAUUUCCCAUUUGAGGAUCUCCCUGGCAUGUGGUUCAUCGGCUUCCUCCAGGUUAUCGGCUCAUCCGAUACGGACGACGAAAGAGCUGGAGAGGACAACCAAGACGCGAAACUACUGCACGGAAUUCCUGCCUACAUGGAGCUCCAAGGAGGAUCAGGGGCUGAGACGGGUCAGGUGGUUAUUUACGAAAGGUCCAUACUCCUACACAGGAUCGGCCUGGUCUUCUCGGAGGUCGUAUUCCAAGAUUUAGAUUUAAUUUUGCUUGGACUCGGCGCGAUUUAAUUGUACAUAAGUUACUGGUUAUUUAUAUCAUAUUUAUAUUUUUUUGGA